AUGUUGCCGGAGAGCUGGAUGAAGUGUCGACCUUUCGAAAAAGUUCCGAAUGGCACAAUACUCGGGAAUCUGCAUUUUGACGGAACAAAGCGCUUGCUGAAAUGCGACAAUGGUUACGUUCCAAAGGACAGUACCAACGUGAUAAGCGUGUGUAAGAACAGACAAUGGACCAACAUCACACAGUGCGUACAAGAGGAAUGCGUUCUCAAUCAGGAAACGUUUGAAGGAUCCACUUAUACCUUCGCCAUCAAGAGCCGCCGGAAUUAUAACGAUAGUGUGGCAUUUUGUCAACACUGUGGGUACCGUGUUGUGACGAUUGAGUCUGAUGAUGAACACAACUAUUUAAAGGAAAAAAUGAGAGGAUUCUUUCCUAUUCCGGCAAGUUACCACCAAACAGGAGAAUUUGACGGGUUCUUUCUGGACUUCUAUAACAAUGGAGGGCAAGCAUUUCGAAUGGACAACGGCUCAGAAGUGCAAUACAAGAAAUGGGGCAAAGGCGAGCCAAAUAGUGGAGAAGAAAUGUUCAUAGCUGUUUGGGGUGGGGGUGAAUGGGAAUGGGCUGACGUAUACCCGUACAAGAAAUUCCAAACAGUUUGCGAGAAUGAAACAUAGACACAGUGCAUGUUUAUGUAAUUAUGAUAGUUGGUUAUUUAAUAUAUAGUAUGUCAUCCACCAUACCUUAACACUGCAAAACACACUCAUUACCUAUUUCGAAUUAACAACGGCUCGGAAGUGCAAUUCAAGAAAUUUGGCCUAAACAGUAAGUACAUUUCUAUUUAACUAUGCCAGUGGGUUAUCACUUAACACUGCAAAACACACUUAUAACGAAUUUUGAAUGGACAACAGCUCAGGCGUGUAAUUCAAUAAAUUCGGACUAAAACAACCAGAUAGUGAAGCACAAAAGUUCAUGUUGGGGUGGGGAUCAAUGAAAGUGGCAGGAUGUUUUCCCAACCUGUGGAUUGUGUGUUCCUAUUUAACUAUGAUAUGAUGGACACCCAAAAAUACCCUUAAUACGAACAGCUCUGAAACAAAUAAAUUAUUUGUUUGUUAUUUAAGUGUAUAUGGUUUAGAUCUAAGUUAGUGGAUUGUGUGUAAACCAUCGUUUUCAAUGUGUUAAUUUGUUAACCAGUUUUAUCUUGAUUUGUGUAAUAAUUAUCAUUUGUAUUGCGUCUUUUGUUACUUAUCCACCUGAAAAUACUUGAUUCAAAUAAGGACUAGUUGAACAACGUUUUAUCACAAUCAAAGAUCCCAUUACACUUAUAAUGCUGGUUAAUUAUUUCGUGAGUUUUGGCAUGUUUGUGGAAAAAAACACUCAAGAGAAAAAUAUUAUAUUGAAAUCCAAAUAUGUUUACAAUCAAUACAUUGCGAAUUUAUAUUGCAUACAAGUAAUAGAAUAUCUUCAAACAAAUGUACAAUUUUGCAUAUGUUAUGUUUGUAUGAUCGCUGCUGAUAUCGUGUCUUUUAAGAGAUUUGAUGUUUAUAUGCGUAUUUUUGCAUACCCUGUUCUUUACAUGUAGUCUCAUUCAUAUGCCUUUCAUUCAUGUACAUGUAUGUGUUUAUUAAUGUUUCGUAAACAUUCUACUCUGUAAAUACUAUAUCUCUGGUUCAGUAUCUUAAUAUGCAUAUGACAAAGUCAUAUUUCUGAUCGUAUUGGUUAUUGACUCAUACAGCCCCGGGGGGGAGGUAACUUUCUAUAUACGGGUAUAUAGGGGUGUGCCGAAAAUAUGGGGUGUGUCUUUCGACUAAAAUUAUAGAUAUGGGUAUGGUUUUGAGCAUCAAAGUAUAUAUAUGGGUAUUGACAUCAGAAAUUUGCUUGUAUAUACAAGCAUAUAGAUUUGAAAGUAUCAGUAUCAAAAUGGGUAUGAUAAAUUUCAUUCUUGUAUAUAAAUGGGUAUCAAAAAGUAAAUUUCAGUAGCGAGAAAGAUGUAGAAACUUGACUAUGAAAUUGACGAAUAAACAUAUAAUAGCAAAUUCAAUAAGCAUACUGUAUUGAUAUGAUAGAGAUUAAAAUUCUAGUAUGAAAUGUGUAUACUUUAUCAAAUUCUAGUAUUGAAAUGUGUCCAAUUUUUCAAAAUUCUUGUAUUGAAAUGGGUCCACUUUCUCAAUGGUAUCGUAUACAAAUGGGUUUGCUUUUUCAAAAAUCUUGUAUCAAAAUUGGUCUACUUUAUCAGAGUUCCGGUAUAAAAAUGGGUCACAUUUCGGCAGUCUCAGUGGGACACCCCUACCCUAACAUUUGGGAAGUUACCCCCCCCUCGGGAUUACAGCAUAUACACUGUACCUUCAAUACAAGGAUUGUGUGAACAAGAGUUGCUCAAAAACGCUUUUAACUAACGGAAUUUACUUGGAAAUGAACGUUUUCGUUAAUCAUCUCACUACAUUGUUGUGAUGUAUUCCGAUCAGGAAACAUACCAAUUAAGACAGUUUCAAUGCAUAUUAUCUUAUUUACAUAUUUACAUUUUAUGAUAUAAUCACUUCUGUACGUCUGCUUUAGAAACCUUAUGUGAAUUUGCAUUUACAUGCCCUUCUUUUUUAUUCACUCCUAAGUAGUUUGUGUUCUGUUUUAAAUAUGUCGUUAAUAAUUGUGUUGUUCUUAUAGAUGUUUUAAAUCGUUGUUUGUGUUUGCAAUAAAAACUUAUAUUGUA